AUGAAUUCGAAAGCAAACGAUUCCCUCGGUCCAGACCCGGCGGACACCGUAAACUCUACCGAUAUUUUUUUGAAUGAUAAAACUACAUUGAAAAACUCAACCGCAGCAGCUGCUGUACUCAAUCGCAAUAUUUUAAAAAAUGUCACUAGCUACGGAUUCCCGUCAUAUUAUCCAGGAAAAGCCCGCGACUUGUUCGAAAGCUGCGAAAACGUGAUGCCGUUGAACUUCGACGGAAUUAAGGCGCUUUCUCUUAACAAAUUACGACCAAAAUAUGGCGAUUACGAGAUAUUGUACGCUCAUACUUUCAACGUAAGCUCAAUUAAGCCCGGUGCUUACAACUUUUCGGCACUCCUAAAGAAUAACAGAUGCGAAAAUGUUAGUAAAUCGGUUACAUUAGAUUUGGAUCCAGUUAACGGCAAUUGGAACGCUGAGGUCGGGUGUACAAGCCGACUUGUCGAUAGUCUGGCUAAUUUGCAAGUCCACAAGUGGAGAAAACCAAUUGUGUCUCGAGUAUAUGUUGACUACAAGAAACCUAACUACACAAUAACAGGAUAUCUCGACCCGAUUAAAAAAUUUGCCGGAUAUCAGCAUAUGGUAGCUAUUACAGACCGGACGACACUAGGCGGAGACAUUAAGGUGAAGUACAAAUUGCAGAAAGAAAGUGAUAGUUUUAAUAAUAGUUAUUUUAAAAAUAUCAAGUCUCGAAUUCUGUUCAAGUAUUCAGGACCCAAUUACUUAUGGAGUGCUCGAGCUAAUAUUUUGUCGCCAGCUUUAAAAGUUUGUUACUACCAACAUGUUAGUUCAAUAUUUCAAACCGGUGUUACUUUAAAUAUGAAUGUACCAAAACGUAAAGGGGUAACCAAAGUGGGAUUACGGGCAUUGAUAAAGGAUGACUGCUUAGCAAAAGUGGCAAUUUCUUCAGAGGGUGUUGUUACCUGUCAAUUAGAAAAAAGUGUCACUGACAUUCUAUCUCUAUCGUUUAGUGGUCUAUUAAAUCAUAAAUCUAAUUCUUUUGCAAUUGGUGUAGGUUUAUCAAUGGAAUAA